CAUAGAACUACUUGCAAUCCACACCAUGGCAAAUUCUACAUGGUUUUCGUCUAUGGUCCUCUUGUUUCUAGUCGUCUCCAUGAUUUCCUUCGACGUUUCAAUGGCUGGUGGAGAGGGAUCACUAACCAAAAGACAAUGUCCGGCAGCAUGUGCAUCUCGUUGUUCUUCAUUGACAUUCGGAAAGAUGUUUUGUAAGUGGUCUUGUAACAAAUGUUGUGCCAAGUGUUUGUGCGUACCUUCGGGCACCUCUGGACACAGAGAUGAAUGUCCGUGUUAUGGCGAUUGGUACCGUAGUGCCGGUCCUCCUAUGUGUCCUUGAGAGUUGAGACCGUCAAAUAAUAAUAUUAUAUGGAGUAUUCUGUUAUUCAGAUAAUUUCAAUGGUUGGAUUAUGUUUUUUCUCAAGUAUAAAUAAAAUUAGAACUGUGUUUUG